UCCUGGAGGGCAGGUUCCAGAAGCGGUUUCAGGCGGGGCUGACGGGUGGUGUGGAGUCGCUCCCUCCUCCCACAGAACGUGCCCAGACAAGGCCAGUCGCUCGCCAUGUCAGCUGCGGAAUCGGCGGAUGUUUUCCACAGAGCCCGGGGCAGGACCCUGGAUGCGUUUUCCCCAGAAAAGGAGCGGGAAUGGAAAGGUCCAUUCUACUUCGUCCAAGGUGCAGACACUCAGUUUGGGCUGAUGAAGGCCUGGUCUACUGGGAAUUGUGACACCGGCGGUGACGAGUGGGGGCAGGAGAUCCGUCUCACAGAACAAGCUGUUGAGGCCAUCAACAAGCUGAGCCCCAAGCCCAAAUUCUUUGUCCUCUGUGGUGACCUCGUUCAUGCCAUGCCAGGAACUCCAUGGCGGAAAGAACAGACCAGGGACCUGCAGCACGUACUGAAGGCCGUCGACCAGGACAUCCCACUGGUGCUGGUCAGUGGUAACCAUGACUUGGGCAAUGCCCCCACGGCCGAGACUGUGGAGGAGUUCCGCCAGACAUGGGGUGAUGACUACUUCAGCUUCUGGGUCGGGGGCGUCCUCUUCCUGGUGCUCAACUCCCAGCUCUUGUACGAUGCCUCCAGGUGCCCCGCACUGAAGCAGGCCCAGGACCGCUGGCUGGACCAGCAGCUGAGCAUUGCAGGGCAGAAGCAGUGCCGGCAUGCCGUUGUCUUCCAGCACAUCCCACUGUUCCUGCACAGCAUUGAUGAGGACGACGACUACUUCAACCUCACCAAGACCGUGCGGAAGGAACUGGUUGACAAGCUCACCCGAGCAGGUGUCAGAGCUGUGUUCUCGGGGCACUACCACAGGAACGCCGGGGGAACCUACCAGAAUCUCGACAUGGUCGUCUCAUCAGCCAUUGGGUGCCAGCUAGGCCAAGACACCCACGGGCUCCGUGUGGUGGCCAUCACUGCGGACAAAAUUGUUCACCGUUACUACAGUUUAGACGAGCUAAGCAGGGGGGCAGUCGAGGCCGACCUGAAGGAGCUGCUGAAGGAGUGAUCGCUUCCCUACAGAGUCCACCCAGCCUUCACGCCCGUCACCUUCCAUGUUGCCAGAAUAUUCUUAGCUCCUUAUAGAAAUAUCUGAGCAGAAAGGCGGGUUUGUGAACAGAUGUGCUUUACAUAAAUCAAACUGUUGGGUCCUAUCUGUAAUUAUUUUCAGAAGAAGACUGUCUUUCCCUUAAAAGCCAGAUAAGACAGCUAUGGGUGUUUUCUAAUUGUGAUGUGAGUCUGCCCACAUGAUGUUUGGGUAAAUUCUUCUCAUUGUACAGCUUUUAACUCUGCCUUUGAAUCCACCGUUUCUGACAACUUACAAUCAAUAACACCUACUGCCCUCAAUCCCAACUCAGUACCCAAGAGUGAUCUUAAUAAUUCCUCAAACAAACUGCAUCUGCUUUUGUUAAAUUGUGGUCAUGACUCCCAGAGCUAGGAAAACAAAGUUUCCCCCUCCCUCCUGACUGACCAAAUAGUAGCCCCACCCCCACCCACCCCACCACCAUCCCCCCACCCCCCACCCCCGUCCCAGGGCCACAUAGGUUUGCUGUCAUCAUAACAGGUAGCUUCAUAGCCAUCAUUGGCUGUGACUUUCAGGACUCUCCUCACUGCUGAUGCUCUGAACAGCAUGCAGGAAGUCCACGCCAGGCUGUGUUUGCCUUUCUGAUGACCAAGCCCCCCUCAGGCAUGUGCAGACUCUGUUCUGAAGACCAGAAUGGAGGCUGUGGUGCGGAGCCCUGCACAGCCCACGUUUCCCUGUGUGUGUGCUCCUGCUACAGGCAGCCCAGCCCAUUGUCAGAGGGAUGGCCUGGUGGGCAAGCUGGACUUGACACAGACUUCUCCUAAGAAGAACACAGAACUGUGUCACUGGGUAGAAUUAACGUUAUACUACGUUAAUUGCCCUGAACAGAAGAGUGUGAGUUACUUAAAAUCCUUUUCACCAUGGAAUUCCCUCUGCUGCCUCCCCUGGGAGCUCUGGCCUCUGUGGACCAGCUGUCUUGGUGCCAACAUAACCAGGGCGGCUACAUUUUGCCAAGGAAGUUUUCCAGUGUCCUGCAGCAGCACUUGAGAAUCUGAAACCGGCUUUAAAAACUCACUGGUUAUAAAUGAACCGCAAAGCCCACUAAAUUAGAAAACUUUCUCAUUAAAAAGUUUUAGUAAAUGUAACAAAACCAUGAGAAAUUAAAUAAAAGAUAAUUGGAUAUGUAAAUUCAUAAGGAACAAAAGAUACAAGAAGUUAAUUAUUUUAUAGAUUGGUGACAUACCAGAGCUCAUUAUUAGGAAGCACAAGAAAAGUAAUUUUUCAAACCAGAGUGAUCUUGCAGUGCUUGGCCGUGUUCCUGUUUGUUUUUGUUUUUUACAACAGUGUAAGAGAUCAGGAGAGGCCCCAGGUUCCAAAAUGCGUAGGCUCCACUUGGUGACAGGAGAAAGAUUAGUCACGGUGGGCUGAAGGCAUGGUCCAAGUUAUGUGUGAAAACCGAAGCCUCAGAAUGGGAACAAGGUUGUGUGAUAUAGCAAUGUAAAUGAAGUAAGUGUUUGUCCUCAAAACACGUAAGUUACGUUACAGCUGGCUCAGAAACCUAGCAUGUGCUAAGGAUGGCCUAGCUUGGCCAGUUUCCAAUGGAGCAGAGGUAGCUGCGUGGGGCUUGCUGAUAUUGCGAGCAAAAAGUGUAACCCAUGUAACUCAGAUAGCAAGUCACUAUUGUUCUCUCCUAGACCUUUUCUAAAUAAAUAAACAAAUAAGUAAAUAAAAGAAUCUCAUUGAAAGAAAAAACAAUAAAGGCUUCCACAUGCCCUGCUGUUUCUGAAUGUU